UGUGUGGUGAGUUUGAGCGGCGCUUUGGUGAUUAUUGAAUUAAUUAAAGUGAGUUCAGAGUCCUGUAUCGGUAUUUAGAGUGAGUGGCGCGUGUCUGUCGUCGCUGAAGUCGUUUAAACCCGUUUUUAAGCGUUAAUCGUGUUUCAGGACACGCAGUCAAACUCUUAUCCAGCCCUGUAACGGUUUGCUAUUUCCCACCGCUGCUGCGGCAAGCCACGCCCCCUAUGCUGAGAUUUGAUCACAGGCCUCGCCCCCUCGCUAUGAUUGGCGGCUGGGAAACCAAACAACGCCCACAUUCUGGACUUCCUAGUGGAAUUUGGACUUUGAGCUUGUAGGACGGCCAUGACUGUGAGCUCAGGAUUUGUCCCACAUACAGACACAUCCACAGCUGUGAGCUCAGGAUCUCCAACCAGAGUCCAUCUGCCUUCUGUUUUAAACCAGUGUUGAAUUAAAUCAGUUAAAACCAUCUUCUUCAUCAUCAUCAUCAUCAUCAUCAUCUCCAUCUUCCUCUCCUUCUUCUACAGCCAUGUCGGUGAAAGAGUCCAAGCCAAAUCUCACCGUUUCCCAAGCUACCGACAUCACAGGACGACUUUUUGGCCUGACAGUGUCCAGCAUCCGUCCACUGCCCAGUUACGAUGACCAGAACUUCCACGUGGUCUCUUCAGAAGGUGGACAGUAUGUGCUGAAGGUCAUGAACUUGGCAGACAGCCAGAAUCUCCCUCUGCUGGAGGUCCAAACCCACACCAUGAACUUCUUAUGGCAGAGAGGACUUCCUGCCCAGACCGCCGUCCCCACGGUAACCGGUCAGCUGAUGAGUUUGGAGGAAAUCGAUUGUGGUUUUGGGGUGCAGAAAUAUCUGGUGCGCUUGUUGACCUUCCUGCCCGGCACCACGAUAGCGCAGGUGACCUGCACUCCGCAGCUUUUAUAUGAAGUUGGAAGAACAGCCGCCACCAUGGACACCAUUCUGCUGCAGAUGGAGCAUCCGCACCUGAGGGCUCUUCAGAGGGAGAACUUCAUCUGGAGAUUAGCGAGUGUUCCUCUGUUAGAGCAGUUCUUGUCUGUCCUGGAUGGAGAUCCGCUGCAGGAGGUGGUGAAGAAGGUUAUUGAACAGUUCAAAACCCGUGUGGUGCCGAAGCUGAACUCCUUCCGCAAAUGUAUUAACCACGGAGACUUUAAUGAACAGAACAUUCUGGUUGAACCGGAUGGACCGUCCAGCUACAGGAUCAGUGGCAUUCUGGACUUUGGAGAUAUGAGCAGCGGGUAUUUUGUGUUUGAGCUGGCCAUCACCAUCAUGUACAUGAUGAUCAAGAGGCCCAGGCCGUUAGCGGUGGGGGCAGCGGUGUUGGCGGGCUGGGAGAGCGUAAUUCCCCUGAAUCCAGAGGAGAGAGACGUGCUGUACCUGCUGGUUCUGAGCCGCUUCUGUCAGUCUCUGGUUCUGGCUCACUACACUGUUCUCCAGCAGCCCGAAAACGAGGAGUACCUGAUGGUCACGGCAAGGCCUGGUGCCCAGCUGCUGCAGCUGCUCUGGGAGACGGGCAGAGGCGAGGUGGAGAAGAUCUGGUUCAGCGGCGCCGCAGAGUUCAUACAGAACAGCCUUAGAACAGACGGAGUUAAUAACUAGUAGAACUGGAGGAGACUUUUAAUCUGAGUCUGAGUUUAUUCAGCCUCUCAUAUUAUUCAGUGUUAAAACGCCUUGAAGGGCCAUUAUCAUGGAAAACUAAAGUGCUGUAGCUCCAUCUAUUCAGUUUAUAGUAGUUUAGCCCCACCCAUUCAGCUACAGCAGUUUAGCCCCGCCCAUUCAGCCUGCAGUAGUUUAGCCCCGCCCAUUCAGCCUGCAGUAAUUUAGCCCCACCCAUUCAG